AUGAAAAAAUAUAAAAAAAAUAAAAGGAAAAUAACAUCAAUUAAUGAACUAUACGAAUUAGAAUAUGUUAAAAAGGAAAAAAAAAAAAAACUUAAAGAAUUGAAAUAUAAAAUUAACAAACGAAAUGAAACAACACCACAAGAAGAUGAUAAUAUAAAAAAUUUUAAAAACAAUAAUGAUGAUGAAAAUGAAAAAAAAAAAAAAAAAAUUGAUAAAGCUUUGUUAGCAAAAUAUGAAAAAUUAAAGCAACUUGAAAAUACACCAGAAAACAAUCAAAAUAAUGAAACACAAAAUAUAAAUAAUAAAUCAUAUAAAACAUUCUUACAAAUUUUACAAAAAAAAAACAAAAAUACAUACAACCCACCACUUAAACCCAAACCUCCCCAUACUCUACUGGACCCAAAGCAAGCUCCACAGUUCAGAAGUGAAGUGGAAAAUGGGAAUGAAAAUGGGAAUGAAAAUGGGAAUGAAAAUGGGAAUGAAAAUGGGAAUGAAAAUGAUAAAAAUGGCAACGAUAAAAAUGGCAACGAUAAAAAUGGGAAUGACAAAAAUGAGGCAUCUUCGUUUCAAAGCAAAGACGAAAUAUAUAUGAACAUUUUAAUAAACAAUAUAAAAAGUCAAAAUGAAGAUUUCCUUAAUGUUAAAGAAAAUGAUACUGAUAAUAAAAUAGCUAGCGAAAAUGAUCAUAUUUUAGAACACAAAGAUAUUUAUGCAGAUUAUGCAAACAAAUCAUAUAAAUUAGUUGAAAAUAAAAUGGACUAUUAUUUUACAUUUUGCCAAAAUAUUGAUGAUUAUUUUAUUAAAAAAUUUUUACAAAUAAAAUCAAAAAAAGAAAAACACAACAAUGAUAAUGCAGAAUUAAAUAAAAAUCAAACAAUAGAAAAUAUGUAUGUUACUUCUAAUUUAUUUUUACAAACAAAUAUUUUUAAAAAAAAGACAAAUCAAGAAAACCAAAAAGAAUACUCCUCUCAAAUUGACCAAGUUGAAAUACAAAAUGAAGAUAUAGACGAAAAAACUAAUAAUCUAUUUUUUAAUAACAUAAAAAUAAAACCAUAUUUUUUUUCAAAUUAUAUAGAAAAAAAUAAUAUCACAUAUUUUUUAAUGACAAUUUUGAAAACACAUCCAAAAUCUAUAUUAGAUGAUAAUAAUUAUUAUAAUAUAUAUGAACCUAUCAUAAAUAAAUUAAAAAUAUAUAUUUCAGAAUUCAAAUAUCCUCUUGAAUUUUUUAAUAACCAAAUAUAUGAAUAUAUGCAAAAUUAUUACAAUGUAGAUAUUAAAAAGGUUAUAAAACAAGAAUCAAAUGAAGAAGACAAUAUUGAUGAUAUUAAAAAAAUGAAAAAAAAAUUGAAAAAAAAAAAAAUGAAAAAAAAAACAUUUCGAGAUGUAUCAGCUAUUUUAGAAAGAGAUGAACUUAAAGCAUACUUCCAUUAUAUAAAUUCAUAUGUCGAUGUUUUUUAUUCAAAUCAAAAUAUUUUGAAUUUCCAUUUUAUAAGAUUACUAAACAGUAUACAUUGCUUAAAUCAUUUAAAAAAAAAAAGAAAAAGAAAAUUAUAUAUAAAAAAAAAAAUUGAAAAAUUAGAAAAAACACAACAAGUAGAAAAAGAAAAUAUACAACUAAAAGAUGAUUUUUGUGAUGAAAGCUUUUCAAAACCCAAAGUUUUAAUUUUAUGUCCAUUUAGAUAUAUUUGUAAAGAAUACGUAGAUAUACUAAUUAAUAUGUUAUCAUUAAUUGAAGUGAAAAAUAAAAACCGAUUUAUUAAUGAAUAUGAUCUACCACCUGAAGAAAAAAAAAAUCUUAAAAAUAUGUAUAUAAAAAAAAAACAAUCAUUUGAUUAUAUUAAUUUAUAUAGAGGUAACAGUGAUGACUGUUUUAGGUUAGGAAUCAAAUUAUUUGAAAAUGAAAAAAAAAUACAAUUAUAUAGUCCUUUUUAUGAUAGUGAUAUAUUAAUAUGCUCUCCUUUAGGCUUAGAAAUUAUUAUAAAAGAAUAUAAAGAAACAGAAGAAAAAACAAAUAAUAUAUAUAAUGAUGAUGAAUAUAAUUCAGAUGAUUAUGAAUUAAACGAUACUGAAAAUUCAGCAAAAAAAACAAAUAAAAAAAAAAAAAUUAACACAAAUAAUAAUAAAAAAAAAAAAUUAUAUGAAUAUGAUUUUUUAUCAUCAAUUGAAAUAUUAGUUAUUGAUCAAAUUGAUAUUAUAUUAAUGCAAAAUAUAUUAACAUUAAAAAAUGUUUUAAAUUUUAUAAAUAAACCAUUAUUAAAAUGGCGUAAUGCUAAUAUAAAUCGAAUAGCUAAAUAUGCCAUAGAUGGAUAUAUAAAAAAUUAUAGACAAACAAUUAUUACUUCAAAUAUUAUAGACACAAAUUUUAUCUCAUUAAUUCAAAUGUCAAAUAAUUAUAGAAGUUAUUUAAAACUAUUUAUAAAAAACGAUGAUGAUACUAUUUUAUUAAGUGUAAGAAAUAUACUUAAAAUAAAUCAAUAUUUCAAAAAAAUUGAAUGUGAUGAUAUUUUAAAAAUUGAAGAAUGUAUAAUCAAUUUUUUCUCAACAAAUGUUAUCGAAAUUUUAACUAAUAUAAAGCAACUUAUUAUUUGUAUACCAACAUAUAUAGAAUACAUUAGAUUGUAUGAAAUAUUAAAAAAAAAUGAUAUAUCUUUUAAAGGUGUUAAUGAAUAUACCACUGAAAAAAAACGAAUAAAAAUCCAAAAAUUAUUUAAAUUUGAAAAAAUUAAUAUUUUACUAGUUACAGCUCGUUUAAUUUAUUAUGAACGAUGUACUUUUAAAAAUGCUAAUCAUGUCAUCUUUUUCUCUCCACCUAAAUUUCAAUUUAUGUAUUUUGAAUUAAUUAAAAAUAUAACUAUAAAUUCACCAAACGCAUCAUCUAUGUGUUACUACACUAAAUAUCACACAUAUGAACUUGAAAGAAUUGUUGGACAAAAACGAGCAAUCCACUUAAUACAUGAAAAACCAGGAAAAAUCACUUUAUUUAAAUGA